AUGUCACAGCAAUAUUACACUGAAUCGCAAUGGGCUGGCGCGGGUCCUUCUCAACCGACGUGGGAUCAUCAGACCCCACCGCCGCCCCCUGCGCGAACCGGUGGUAGCUCUUCCAGCCUGCGCGAAGUCGAGUCGGUCGCUUUCUCUUACCAAUUUGAGGAGGUCGACCGAGCCGUUGAUAAUCUGGUGAAGAGCGGCAAGAUGUAUGGUCCGCCGGGACGACAUGGUCGAGUUGCAUCUGGACAUGGGCCGCGACCACAUUCCCUGGAGUUUGGCGACCCGCGUGCUGGCCACCCUGGCCCUAACUUGCAGAAUUUCUAUGCUGCGCAACGACACCAACCUUCGCGUGGUUCCAACGAGGCGGAACAGAUGAUGCAGGCCAAGCGGAGGAUGGCGGCUCAGCGGGAGCGAGAGCUUCGCAACUAUCAUCAAGAGCAGCAAUUACACCGAAAUGUCCUCGCUGAUAUGUCCUACAAUGGCAAAUCCGACCGUGCUUUGAGCCCUGGCAGUAUGUCCGAGGACGACCAACGCCGUGACUUGAUUAAUCGCCAGCGUACUGCAUUAUUUGGCGAAGCUGGUUAUCCCGACGAAUCUGCCACGAAUCGACAGGGGGUUCCUAGCUUGCCAACUGGAACGUCGGGCCACCGUGGUCCCUCGCCCCUAGCAUAUGAUUAUGGACGGCCGAAUGCGCCUAAUGGCCCUGAGGGGGCUUCGCAGCCCUCUGACCUCCAGGGCCUGUCUCGUGCAAACAGCAAUGCUAGCCCUCAGUCCAACCCGCCAGCCAAUAUUGGCAUCUUCGAUUCUGCUAUUGGACAGCAGGCUAACCGCACCAGUAACUCAUCUCCCACUGGUGGAUCCCCCCCUCGAGCCGGAGGGGUUACUAAGCCAACGCAAAGUGGCAGUACCGUAGCCCCUAUUGGCACACGUCCUUCAGCGGCUUCCCAAGCGCAGAACCCGGCAUUGAACAAGCGAUCUACAACUCCCCUACCGUCACCAUUAAGUCAUGGUUUUUCCGCCUCGGGAAACGGCGAUGAUUCUAAUAGCCAGGGCGUCUCGACCACGGGCGCUCCCUCUAACCCACCUAGCGCUGCGGCAGAAGGGUAUAACGGAUGGGGCAACCGCUCUGGCGUGUGGGGAAAUAAAUCAAGCUUGGGCGUUCAGGCAAGCGUCUGGGGCUAG